CUCGACAUGAGGUUCGUACAAUUCACGGGUAAAAAUGGUGGGCCACAACACCUGGGGGUGCAGCUGGUGCAAGGAGGCGACGUGAUCGCCGUGUCCGCGGUCGACUCGCGGAUCCCGAAUACGCUGAAGAAAUUCCUCGAGGGUGGCGACGACCUUCUGAAGAAGGCGAAAAGGGAAGACGAAGUCGACCUGUUGACCAUGGUAGAGAGAAUAGUGGCAGAAGGGCGUAGCGUGAUACCGGAAGCAGAGGUGAAUUUUUUGGCGCCAGUGACACGUAUGGACAAACUAGCCUGCAUCGGUUUGAACUACAGCGGUCAUUGCGAGGAGCAAGGAGUCUCACCGCCUGAAAGUCCGGUAGUUUUCAGUAAAUUCCCCAGUAAUAUCAUUGGGCCCCGUGACAACAUCAUGCUCCCGCCGAUUUCCGACAAAGUCGAUUGGGAAGCUGAGCUCGCGAUAGUAAUCGGCAAAAAGUGCAAGGCGUUGAACAACGACGAGACAGAGGACUGUAUUUUCGGUUACACAGUGGCGCAAGACAUCACCGCACGAGAUUGGCAGAAAUCGAAGAGAAAUGGCGGACAAUUUCUCCUGGGCAAAGCCAUGGACACGUUCUGUCCAUUGGGACCGGCUGUCGUCACCAAGGAAGCUAUAUGCGAUAUCAAUAAUCUGCCCGUGAAAUCGUGGGUGAACGGUAACCUGAAGCAAAAUGGCAACACCUGCGAGUUGAUCUUUAAACCCCAUGAAAUCGUUGCUUAUAUUUCACAAUUUAUGACCCUGUUACCGGGAGACGUGAUUCUAACAGGCACGCCAGCUGGCGUGGGAUUCACUCGUAAACCUCCGGAAUUUUUACAGCGUGGAGACGUGUUAGAGACGGAGAUAGAGGGUUUGGGACGUCUGAGGAACAAGGUUCUCUGAUCUGCCGAGAGGAUCAUGCCCAUAGAAAACGUACGGGAGCGAUUCGCGUUGAAAAAGACCGAACGUACGUUACGGGAACGAAGUAGACGUCGAAACAUUCACGAUCAAAUUGCGAUCCAUUCUGAACAAGUUCCACACACGAUACGCGGAAGGGAACUAAAUGAUUCGAGACACAGAGAAGAAAAUUAUUACCAAAAUUCGAGAAUGAACGUUCAAAGAAACACUGAAGCCUAAGCGUUAUGCAUCGAUAGUCUUGACUGCGCUCUACACUUGUCACCAUUGCAUCAUACAUUCACACACACACGAAUUUUACGUACUUGUACAAUUAAAGCGAGACUGUUUCUAAAAAUACGAAUUCAUC